UAAAGACAUGUCUCAUGUGUUUCUAUUUCUGAUGAAUUUCAAUGCAAUAAGAUGGUGAUGUGGAGCCUUCAGAACCUAAUGAUCACCCUGUACGUGGCUCUGAGCUGUGUGAGGAGUGCAGCCGGGCUGAUCCAUGCGUCCGGAUAUGAAGGGGGAGAAGGUAAAGUUGUUUGUCCCUAUGGAGAGGGUUACGAAUCUUAUGAAAAGUACCUGUGCAAGAAUGAAUGUAGCAACGAUGAUGUUCUUAUUACAACGACAAGCGCAAAGAAGAACAGAUACUCCAUCAGUGAUGACAAACACAGUCGAGUCUUUACAGCGACUAUCUCUGAUCUGAGUCUUGUGGAUGCUGGGAAAUACUGGUGUGGGGUGACGAGGACUGGAAAGGAUUUCUACACUGAAGUAAAGCUUGAAGUAGGACAAGACAACUGCUGUGAUAAAUCCACCAAAAUCCAAAGUUAUGAGGGGAGUUCAGGGUCCAUCAGUUGCCCAUAUGUGUCCAGUAAGUACCAGGACAAUCUGAAGUACAUCUGCAGAGGAAACAAGCCCUCCACAUGUCAGGAGACGGCAAUAAUCACCUCUGACAACAAACAAAACGGACAGUUCAGACUCGCAGAUGACAAGGCGUUGGGGAAAUUUACAGUGACCAUUACCAGUUUGAUGCUAAAUAAUUCUGGGUCGUACCUCUGUGGUGUCCGCGUAAACUCUGGCCUGGAUAUUUUCUCUGCUUUUGAGCUAGAGGUCAAAGAGUGGUGCUGUGUGAAGUCAAACAAAAUGAGCAGCAUUGUAGGACAUCCAGCGGCUAUCCAGUGUCCCUAUCCACCUCAACACAGGGAUAACAGGAAGUUCCUCUGUAAAGGAGACCACCGCAACAACUGUACAGACAUGGUGACGCAUCAAAGCAGGUUCACGCUGCAAGAUGAUGUCUCUUCCAGCUCUUUCUUGGUGUUGAUCACGGAGCUGAAAGUGGGGGAUGCUGGGACAUACUGGUGUGGUUCAGACUCACAAUGGACUGUUGCUAACUACACCAGGAUUCAACUGUCAGUGGUCUUUCCACAGCAGACCAGCACUGUUAUCUCUACCAUCCCUGCAGUGGAACCUGUUGAAUCACAAUCAACACAAAUCCCUGGAAAACAGAGCAAAGAUGCCGCUCUCUUUAAGCCUGUGGUUGCCAUUGUGCCUGCUCUGUUGCUCACACUGACUUUUGCCCUGGUCAUGGUUUAUAAAUACAAAUGUUUCAAAGUGCGAGCAGCUGGAGCCAACAUUAAAGAAAACAAAACCAUGGCAACGAUAACAGAGGAGGUGAUAGCCGGAGCAGAUUUUUAUGAAAAUCAAGGUGUAGCGUACUCAAAGCAGAGGACCUCCAAACAGCAGAGCGCCUGUCAACUCUAUGAUGAUGCCGAGCAAGACUCUGUGUACCAAAACUUCACCACAACAGAUGAUAUCUACUGCAAUCAGGUUUACGCUAAUAGGAGAUGAACGACAUGCACAUCUGUGAUCAAACCUUGCAUUUUUAGGCCCCAUUUGGAACCACAUGAACCUGACCACGCCAUAUUUUUACACAUUUUUUCGUUUACUUCACAGUCAUUAGGACUACUUUUUUUGCUUAAUGUUAAUAUAACAAACUGUUACUCAGUUACAUUCCCUAUAAGAAAUUGUGGUUAAACAUUUCAGCUGAAUAUCCCAAAUGUAAAUAACCUAUAUAUAUAUGUCUUACUAGUAAAAGUGAAUAAAUAAACAAAACCAAGAAAAGUAAGCUUGUGCUGAGACAACUCAUCACUAAUGUUUUUUGUUUUAUUCAAUUUUUUUACUCUGCAGAAGUGAUACAUAAACUCAACUCCGCCACAUUGUCAGUGAAUAUCAGUUAAUGAAUUAACAUAAAAAAAAAGUGAUUCAUUUAAGUAAAUUAG